AUGAAAUACACUGGAACUGUAGCAUACUAUAGAUGCUAUGAGACAUGUGGUCCUGCCCGCUGGAACAUAUUUCGGCAAGCUUUCGACAAGUUGCUUCUGAAGCAAUGGGAAAACGAAGUGAAAGAAGGAGUGGAUCCGGAAAAUCUCAGAACGCUGUGGAAGGUACGGUCAUUCCAGGUAGAAGAAGAUACAAGUAUGGUUGCAUUGAGAAGGACAUUUAACGAUAUACCGACAGUGAGUGAGGAUAUUUGGGUCGAGGAUAGUUGUUGGGUUUCCGGCAGUGCCUCAUCUACGGACUCUGAAUUUAUCCCAACGUCGCAAUUCUUUCUUCUGAUUGAUGCAAAUGUCGUUGCCUCCAUCAUCGAGGGUCCCGCAAACGGCGAAAUCCUAUUUUUGUGUGUGGUGGACCCCUGCUAUGGCCUUGUUGAAGACGAUGGUGACGAUGGCGAUCCGGAGUACAAAGGGUAUCUCAAGAUAUCUGUGGAAAUUUUCGGAGAAUUCUGGAGUAACGUCUCCGGAGGCGAUAUCUUUGAUAGUGAGAAACUAGGUCCAUCCGACCUUGUAAAAACGGAGCUGUUUACUUCUGCGCUGAAUAAAGAUACGUCUAAAGCCGCAACAUUCAAACCACAGGAAGCAGAUAGAAGAAUCGUCGUUGACCAUAUAUUUCAGCAUGAGAUCUUGUUCAAAUUUAUUCAUACAGCAGCAGGCAACAUCAAGACUUUGCAAUCUAGUUCGACGCCCUUGCUUCCUACAAUAGCCCCCGAAGUUUGGGAACAAUUCAAGCUGGAACAGAUUGUGAGCUCGGUAAGGGGCAAGCUCAACAAUACCAGUCAUCACAUUCAAAAUAUUAUUGGCUCGCAUGAUAUCCCUACUGCGUUAUUUGGUCUUGGGAAACAUAUAUUUUACAUGAAAGUUCUGUUUCACAGCCCUACAAUUCGGAACUUUGUCGGGAAGAAUGCAUGGAGUGAUCUCUCGCAGCAAGAAAAGGUAGAAAAGCUCGGCGAAAUGAUGGCAGUAUAUAAAAACAUGAAUUAUAAUGCCGCAAUUUUGCAACAGAAAUACGCAAACAUCUCAUUAGAACUUGCUGCGUUCGAAUCGCAUGCUCAAACUCAAGCUCUGGUGGAUUGGUUCAGGCUUUUCGUCGAUGGCAUGUGA